AUGUUGCGAAUUCUCCGCCUGCUCACAGUACUCACCUUUAAUGCAUUAACCGUAUAUGGAAUGUCAGUCAUAAUUUCUUUCCCAAAAACCACACCCAACGACGUCGUUCAAGAUACCAAAUCUCACAUCGAAAAAAAUGGUGGCGUGGUUGGCCAUGAUCUCCGAAACAUAAAUGGAUUCUCAGCCACAGCUUCAGAUGCAAUUAUUGACCAAGUUUUAGAACUUAAAAAAGAGUGGGCUCCCGAAUCUGAAUUAGAUUCCAUCGUCUCAAUAUUAUGA